AUGGCUGGUCAGGACAUGGACAUUCAUGAGCAUGGUGUUUGUGUGGACAAGAAGAAAUAUCGGGUUAAAUGCAACCACUGUGGAAAAGAAAUGCAGAGCUGGAGUCGUCUGAAAUGUCACUUGGGUAGUGUAGGUCACGAUGUAACUCCAUGUGACGAAGUUAGUCUUACUGUUAGAGAGAUGUUUCACGAUAUGGUUAUGAAGGAAAAGCCUAGUCUUACUCCUGUUAAGAGAGUUAUUGGGGAAGUCCGAAUGGGUAAUGGUCAUAAGCGUGGAAGAAAACAAGAUUCAUCGAGCAAAAGUGUUUCUCCUGAGAACGUAAAUCCAGCAAAAGUCCAAGUGGGUAAUGGUCAUAAGCGUGGAAGAAAAGAUUCAUCCGGCAAAAGUGUUUCUCCUGAGACCGUAAAUACAGGUGCGGAGGCUAAUAAACAGGAUUUGUUGUCAAGGAAAUCCCAAAUGUCCAUUGGUCGGUUCUUUUACGAAUUUUGUAUAGACUUUUCAGCUGUGGAUUCCCCAUUUUUCGAAGAAAUGCUGCGUGUAACGAAUGAAGGUGGUGGUCAGAUCCGGCACACGCUCCCUAAUUCACAUGAUUUAAAUGGAUGGAUGCUUCAAGAAACAUUGAAGGAAGUACAAGAUCAUGUGAAAAAUAUUAAAGAAUCGUGGGCGAUCACAGGAUGCAGCAUCUUGUUGGAUGCUUGGGUUGACCAGAAAGGCCGAGAUUUGGUUGCUUUUGUUGCAGAUUGUCCAGCAGGUCCAGUUUAUCUGAUAUCCUUUGAUGUUACGGGUAUUAAAAACGAUGUCAACGCCUUAACAUCGGUAGUAGAUGGGCUUCUUGAGGAAGUUGGAGUGCAUAACGUGAUUCAAAUCAUUGCAUGUUCGACCUCUGGCUGGGUUGGUGAAUUAGGCAAGUCCUUUGCGGGUAACAACAAUAAAGUUUUCUGGUCUGUGAGUAUAUCUCACUGCUUCGAGCUUAUGCUGGUGAAAAUUGGGGAAAUGGAUUCCUUUGGAGGCAUACUUGACAAGGUCAAUAACAUUUCAGAGUUCGUCAACAACAAUCCCGCGGUUUGGAAACUUUUUGAAGAUCACAGUAAUGGAAUAGACAUGGCAGUCUCCUCAUCCGAGUUUGAGUUUGUUAUGCCGUAUCUUACUCUAGAGAAUAUUUUCAAGGCGAAGAACAAGUUGGCAGCCAUGUUUGCUUCAUCUGAUUGCAAUAAAGAGGGCAUAAAAAUUUCCAAAUUCAUGAAGGAUUCCUCUUUUUGGGAAUCUGUUGAGAGACUUGUGAAGUCCACAUCUCCUCUGAUUCGCGGUCUACUCUUGUUAUCGACUGCCAAUAAUCAGCAUCUUGGAUAUAUCUAUGACACUAUGGAUGGCAUUAAGGACAGUAUUGCGAGGGAGUUCAAUCACGAGGAACUAUGUUACAAACCGUUAUGGGAUGUGAUAGAUGAGGUCUGGAACAAGCACCUUCACAGUCAUCUUCAUGUUACGGGUUACUUUCUGAAUCCGGCUGCUUUCUACUCAACCGAUUUCAAUUCUGAUCCAGAAGUUACCAUCGGCUUUAUCUCCUCUUUGGUUCGUAUUGUGAAAGAAUGUCACAUCCAAGCUAAAAUUUCCACACAGCUUGAAAUGUACACACUCGGUAAAGAUUGCUUUAACGAGGCCAGUCAUGCUGAUCUGAUAUCUGAAAUUGCUCCAGCUGAGUGGUGGGCUCAAAAGGCGAGCCAGUGCCCAGAACUGCAGAGUUUCGCCAUUAAGAUUCUGAGCCAGACGUGUGAAGGUGCUUCAAGGUACAAGCUGAAGAGAAGCUUAGCCGAGCAGCUGCUGCUCACAGAAGGAUUGAGCCGUCGUGAAAAAAAACAUCUGGAAGAGUUGGCGUUUGUUCAUUAUAAUCUUCAUCUACAAAGCUGCAAAGCAAAACUUAGUGAAGAGCAGUGA